CUCCCGAUAACACAGGAUGCGAACGGGCGGAGGAGAAACUACGAGACAUUAUUCUGUGCCACGACCGUUAACGUUUCCUGCACUAUCCGAGUGAAAAACACCGAAUUACCACCGGGGAACCUCCGCCUCUUUCCUCACCGACUGAACCCACCCCGUGGCUGGCACCGACUGAGCCCCGUGGAAGAAAUAUAAUCCCGCUGUGAGCGCUGCGCGGCAACUGACACCGUCCGAGUGAAGAGAGCGCGCCGGGGACGGAAUGGAGCUCAUCACGAUCCUCGAGAAAACUGUCUCUCCAGAUCGGAAUGAACUGGAGGCGGCACAGAAGUUUCUGGAGCAGGCGGCUAUAGAGAAUCUGCCCACGUUCCUGGUGGAGUUGUCUAAGGUGUUGGCAAACCCAGGGAACACUCAGGUGGCUCGAGUUGCUGCCGGUCUGCAGGUGAAGAACUCCCUGACCUCCAAAGACCCUGACGUUAAGACGCAGUACCAGCAGAGAUGGCUCGCCAUCGACGCCAACGCUCGCCGCGAGAUCAAGAAUUACGUUUUACAGACCCUGGGCACGGAGACGUACCGGCCCAGCUCGGCGUCACAGUGCGUCGCCGGUAUCGCCUGUGCAGAGAUUCCCGUUAACCAGUGGCCCGAGCUGAUCCCGCAGCUGGUGGCCAACGUCACUGACCCCUCCAGCACCGAACACAUGAAGGAGUCCACGUUGGAGGCCAUCGGAUACAUCUGCCAGGACAUCGACCCGGAGCAGCUGCAGGAAAACGCCAACCAAAUCCUGACAGCCAUCAUCCAGGGCAUGAGGAAGGAGGAGCCCAGUAACAACGUCAAACUGGCUGCUACCAAUGCCCUGCUCAACUCUCUGGAGUUCACCAAAGCCAACUUCGACAAGGAGACAGAGAGACACUUCAUCAUGCAGGUGGUCUGUGAAGCCACACAGUGUCCAGAUACCAGAGUGCGUGUGGCGGCCUUACAGAACCUGGUGAAGAUCAUGUCUCUGUAUUAUCAGUACAUGGAGACAUACAUGGGUCCUGCUCUGUUUGCGAUCACCAUCGAGGCAAUGAAGAGCGACAUCGAUGAGGUGGCCUUACAGGGCAUCGAGUUCUGGUCCAACGUGUGUGAUGAGGAGAUGGACCUGGCCAUUGAGGCCUCAGAGGCCUCGGAGCAGGGACGUCCCCCAGAGCACACCAGUAAAUUCUAUGCCAAAGGGGCCCUGCAGUACCUGGUCCCCAUCCUCACCCAGACCCUCACCAAACAGGACGAGAACGAUGACGACGAUGACUGGAACCCCUGUAAGGCGGCGGGUGUGUGUCUGAUGCUGCUGGCGACCUGCUGUGAGGACGACGUGGUUCCUCAUGUUCUACCCUUCAUCAAAGAACACAUCAAAAACCCAGACUGGCGCUACCGCGAUGCCUCCGUUAUGGCCUUCGGAUCCAUCCUGGAGGGACCUGAGCUCAACCAGCUCAAACCACUCGUCAUUCAGGCGAUGCCGACCUUGAUUGAGCUGAUGAAAGACCCCAGCGUGGUGGUGAGGGACACCACGGCGUGGACGGUGGGGAGGAUCUGUGAGCUGCUGCCUGAAGCCGCCAUCAACGAGGUCUACCUGGCUCCGCUGCUGCAGUGUUUGAUCGAGGGACUGGGGGCCGAGCCCAGGGUGGCCUCCAACGUCUGCUGGGCCUUCUCCUCUCUGGCUGAGGCAGCCUAUGAAGCCACAGAUGCUGCAGAGGACCAGGAGGAGCCCAGUACCUACUGUCUGUCCUCGUCCUUCGAAAUCAUCGUCCAGAAACUCCUGGAGACCACAGACAGGCCUGACGGUCACCAGAACAACCUGCGCUCUGCUGCCUAUGAGGCUCUGAUGGAGAUCGUCAAGAACAGCGCCAAGGACUGUUACCCUGCUGUCCAGAAAACCACACUGGUCAUCAUGGAGAGGCUGCAGCAGGUCCUGCAGAUGGAGUCUCACAUCCAGAGCACCUCAGACAGAAUCCAGUUCAACGACCUGCAGUCACUGCUGUGUGCCACUCUGCAGAACGUUCUUCGUAAAGUUCAGCAUCAGGACGCCCUGCAGAUCUCGGAUGUGGUGAUGGCGUCUCUGCUGAGGAUGUUUCAGAGCACCGCCGGCUCCGGAGGAGUCCAGGAGGAUGCUCUGAUGGCGGUGUCCACGCUGGUGGAAGUCCUGGGCAGUGACUUCCAGAAGUACAUGGAUGCCUUUAAGCCUUUCCUGGCCAUCGGACUGAAGAACUACGCUGAGUACCAGGUGUGUCUGGCGGCCGUGGGCCUGGUGUGUGACCUGUGCAGAGCUCUGAUGUCGAACAUCUUGCCUUACUGUGACGAGAUCAUGCAGCUGCUGCUGGAGAACCUCGGGAACGAGAACGUCCACCGGUCGGUGAAGCCUCAGAUCCUCUCGGCGUUCGGUGACAUCGCUCUGGCCAUCGGGGGAGAGUUUAAGAAAUACCUGGACAUCGUCCUGGACACUCUGCAGCAGGCCUCCCAGGCUCAGGUCGACAAGACGGACUACGACAUGGUGGACUACCUCAACGAGCUGAGGGAGGGCUGUCUGGAAGCUUACACCGGCAUCAUCCAGGGCCUGAAGGGAGACCAGGAAAACGUCCAUCCUGAUGUGAUGCUGGUUCAGCCUCGGGUGGAGUUCAUCCUGUCCUUCAUCCAUCACAUAGCGGAGGAUGAAGACCACUCUGAUGGCGUGGUGGCCAACGCCGCCGGACUCAUUGGCGACCUGUGCACGGCGUUCGGUAAAGACGUCAUGAAGCUGGUGGAGGUUCGUCCGCUCAUCAACGACCUGCUGACGGAGGGUCGGCGCUCCAAAACCACCAAGACCAAGACGCUGGCCACCUGGGCCACCAAGGAGCUCCGCAAGCUGAAGAGCCAGGCCUGAUCGAUGCUGGUCGGGGACAAGAGAGCGAGAGCUGUGAGAGAGAUCGACAUCAGUGAACAACGAGGACAAACUGCCCCACUGGAAUUAACUCUUCUGUCUUUGUCGCGGCGUCCGGUCGAAGCAGAAGUCGAGUGAGAUGAAGUUAGAUGAGUGUGUGAGAGAGAGAGAGAGACGUGUGAGCGAGUGAGCGAGCGAGAGAUGACAUCACACCACCCUCAGAUUCAGCAGGUGACCCCCCCCCCCCUCCCCCUGACGGCCUGUGGACUGGACUCUGACUCCCCCUUCUUCCCCCUUAAAAAAAAUACAAACAAAAAAAGAACUUCCCUUUGAGCCUGCCCCCAUUCCUCCUCCUCCCACAAUCCACCUCUCUCGCUAUAGCCGGGCUCUCCUACGACAUCACGAUGACGUCACCGACCCGCCGCCCACCCCCCCACUCCGGGGGAGGGAGGGAGGAGGGGAAAUAGAUAAAAACACGACGAGAAAAUAAAAGACUUGUGGAAUCAAAGAAACAAAUCGAGCGGACUUUGUGGACUUCUGUGGAAAACUUUAGAUUUUUGUUGCUCUUAUUUUUCUUCUUCUUCUUCUUCUGAGCACUAAAACAGCGAAGGAGAUCUGAUGGACACGAACACCUCCACCUGCUCAGUCUGCAGCGUCCGACGCUCCAAACAACAACAACAGCACUAAAUUCCUUCAAAAUGAGUCAAACCCCGACGAGGAAUCCUCAGAGGAGCGAGUGCCAAAUGGAAAAUAAAGCGACCUCUAACCCGAGUGGUGUGAGCUGCUGGUGAAGCGUUUCACUUUUUAUUUCCCGCUGCACUUGGUUUGGGAAAGGGUCACUCACCAUUUUUGCUUGUUUAAAAAAAAAAUUUCAGAGAAUUGAAGACGUUUGUAUAAGGUUAUAUUUUUCCAUUGCUAUGAUGAAAAUAAAGUAAAAAAAAAAAAAAACAAUAAAAUGAUAUGAAACAUUCCCCAAGCAGUUCUGGUGAUUUCGGUCUUUGUCUGUCGGACUCCUGGACUGAUGAAUCGUUCUGGACUCUGCUGAUUCAAAGCUGAACUUUGGCUCUGGAGUUCGGUGGCUGCCUCCCACUGUCGGUUUGUUUACUCGACGCCACAAAGAACCAUGGUUUUUGUUUUUUCUUUUUCUUUUUUUUCACUUCCUUCAUGGCUUGUUUGGUAGCAGCAGCUCAGCCGUCGCUCCUCGCUGACGGGCUUUUUUGGGACAUUGAGUUGUAGUUGGUGUGAAAAUCACGUCUGACCUGAAGUUUAGACGGUGCAGAAACCUGAGCACGCUCGGUGCCACCUGUCCGCCUCCACGACUCCACGUCUGGAUCGCUUCACUUUCAGUCACGAUAAUCAUGAAAUAACGUUUAAAUUUAACCGCAGUUGGUGAAGUGUUUCCAGCCUCGGAGGGCUUUUAUUUUGUAGAGGUGUGGCAGCUGUAGGGAGACAUACUUCCUGUGUUGACAUGAUGAACCUGGCAACUCGAUUAUUUCUGAAUUGUGAAUCAUUUACAGCCGAUCUGCUUUUUAUUUCAUAUUCAACUUUAGUGAACUAAUAAAGUCUAUAUUGUACUGAA